AUGGGGCUGGGAGCUAAGGGUGGAAGGACACUCAGUACUUGCAAAGGGACUGUCUGGUGUCUUUGGAAGCCAGUAUUGCUAUUAUGUGGACUCUGGACUGUUGAGGCUCAAACAGCAGGAGAAACCAAAUCAGUGUAUUUCUGGGAGACAGGGCCAUGGGGCAGGUGUAUGGGGAGUGAAUGUGGGCCAGGAGGAAGUCAAAGCAGAGCAGUAUGGUGUGCUCAUGUAGAGGGUUGGACCACCCUACAUACCAACUGCCUCCAGGCAGAGCGGCCUGCCAACCAGCAGAGCUGCUUUCGCGUCUGCGACUGGCACAAGGACCUAUAUGACUGGAAACUGGGUCCGUGGAACCAGUGUUUUCCAGUAUCUUAUAGGACUGGUGGGCGUGGGAGUGUGUGCACGCGGGGCGAGGAGGGUAUCCAGACGCGGGAGGUGAGCUGUGUGCUUAAGGCAGACGGUACGCCUGCUGACGACGCCAUCUGCGAAUACUUUGAGCCCAAACCUCGGCUGGAGCAGGCUUGUCUGAUCCCCUGCCCACAGGACUGUGUGGUGUCCCAGUUUUCUCCCUGGACUUCCUGUUCCAAGACCUGUGGCCUGGGCCUGCAGAAUCGCUUCCGCAGCGUCCUAGCACCUCCCAUGUUUGGAGGUUCGGCUUGUCCCAACUUGACCGAGUUCCAAACAUGUGCGCCCAGGCCAUGCGAGGGACGUGAGACCGUGUACAGCCUUCGAGUGGGAGCUUGGACCGGUUGCAACUCGCCCCCUGUCCGGACCACCAGACAGGCAAGGCGCAGGAAAGCCAAGGAUAGGAAGGGUAGCAUAAAAGACCCCGAGACACGUGAGCUCAUCAAGAACAAACGCACGCGGAACAGGUUGAACCGACAGGAGAGUAACUUCUGGGACAUCCAGCUGGGCUACCAGGCCCGGCAGGUGGUCUGCGUUCACAGAAAUGGAAGCUCUGUGGCACUGAGUAUGUGCCCUCACUGGACUUUGCCAGAAGUGUUCCAAUCAUGUCUGAUGCCCAAAGACUGUCUUGUCAGUGAAUGGGGGGAGUGGGGUCCGUGUUCUAAGAACUGCGUGGACCCGAGCCUCCCGAAGGGCAACCGCCUCCGGACUAGACAAGUUCAGCAGUUUGCAGUGGGUGGAGGAGCUGAAUGUCCUGAACUGGAAGAGAGUGAGUCCUGUGAUCCUCAAGGGGAUGAGGCUCCACCCUGUGCCAUUUACACGUGGAGGACCACGGAAUGGGGCGACUGCCGUGUGGAGCCGUUGUUAAGUCAACAGGACCGACGGCGCAGCAACCAGACUGGACUCUGUGGAGGUGGUCUGCAGAGCAGAGAAGUGUACUGUGUCCAGGCCAAUGCCGAACUUCUCUCCUACCUCAGCAAUAUCAAAAACAAAACAGAAGGACAGUCUCAGAGCAACCAGAAGCCAAGUGUCCCACCUUUUCUCUCUAUCACAUUUGAAAUUACAGCAUCACAACCAGUGGACAACCAGCUAUGUUUGGGUCCAGUGCCAAAUACGACUCAGCUGUGCCACAUUCCCUGUCCCAUUGAGUGUGAGCUCUCCCCCUGGGGUGCAUGGGGGCCUUGCACAUUUGAGAACUGUGAUGACCAAGUUGGCAAGAAAGGUUUCAAGUUUCGAAAACGGAAGAUCACUAACUACCCCACUGGCGGAGAAGGAAACUGCCCCCACUUGGUUGAGUCCAUGCCCUGUGAUGUCCCUGGCUGCUAUGACUGGCAACUGGUCCAGCUGGAGGAGUGUAUCCCUGAUGAUGACAUGGAGUGUGGACCAGGGACACAGAUUCCCCAAGUCCGCUGCGUCAACAGUGAUGGCAAAGAACUGGACAAAGAGCUGUGUAGUGAUGCCAUCUUCCCUGCUCCGAUUCCCUGUGACGUGCCCUGCCCUAAGGAUUGUGCUCUCAGUCCCUGGACCCCAUGGUCCUCCUGCUCCCAGACCUGCUCCAGCAAAACCGCAGAGGGCAAGCAGAUGAGAACGCGCUCCAUCCUGGCGUAUAACGCUGGAGAAGGAGGUGCUCCUUGUCCAAACACCACAGUUCUUCAGGAGGUGAGGAACUGUAAUGAGCAGACGUGUACAGUGUACCACUGGCAGACGGGCCCAUGGGGGCCUUGCAUGGAGGACAUCUCCGUUUCCGCCACCAACACCACCAUGAGCACCAGCUCAGACAGCGCUACCACCGUCAAAUCCUCCUGUGUCAUGGGCAUGCAGACACGCAAGGUCAUCUGUGUAAAGGUCAACGUGGGACAAGUGCCCCCAAAGAAAUGCCCAGACAGUCCACGGCCAGAGACGGUACGGUCUUGUGUCUUGCCGUGCAGGAGAGACUGCAUAGUCACGCCAUUCAGUGAAUGGACGGCGUGCCCACAGUCCUGUGAUACAGGUGCUAAUGCACAAAGGAGGAAGCAGUCUCGUUUUCGCGUCAUCAUCCAGCUGCCAGCCAAUGGGGGCCAGGAGUGUCCUGCAGUGCUGUAUGAGGAGAAAGACUGCGAGGCUCCAAUGAUCUGCCCUGGUUACAGGUGGAAGACCCAUAAGUGGAGGAAGUGUCAGUUGGUGCCUUGGACCAUUCGGCAGGACAGUGCUGGGGCACAGGAGAUGUGUGGACCAGGACUCCAGACCAGAGCCGUCUCAUGUCGGAAGCUGGACGGAACCGUGGCAGAUGUGAGCCAAUGUCUGAAGUUUGCCAACUCCAUGCCCCCCAUCAACCAGCCCUGCCAAUUACCAUGCAAGGAUGACUGCCAGCUUACCAAAUGGUCCAAGUUCUCUCCUUGCUCAUCUGACUGUGUUGGCGUGAGGACCCGAAAAAGGACUCUCAUAGGAAAGAGUAAGAAAAAUGAUAAAUGUAAGAACAGUCAGAUGUACCCACUCAGCGAGACCCAGUACUGCCCGUGUGACAAAUACAAUGCCCAGCCUGUGGGCAACUGGUCUGACUGCAUCCUGCCAGAAGGCCGUGUGGAGAGCAUUCUGGGCAUGAGGGUACAAGGGGAUAUAAAGGAAUGUGGGCAGGGAUACCGCUACCAGGCCAUGGUUUGCUACGACCAGAACAACCGCCUGGUGGAGACUUCCCGCUGCAACAGCCACGGAUACAUAGAGGAAGCCUGCAUCAUUCCCUGUCCUUCAGACUGUAAGCUCAGUGAAUGGUCCAACUGGUCACGCUGCAGCAAGUCCUGCGGCAGCGGGGUCAAAGUUCGAUCAAAGUGGCUCAGAGAGAAGCCUUACAACGGUGGACGACCCUGUCCCAAACUUGACCACAUCAACCAGGCACAGGUAUAUGAGGUGGUUCCCUGUGUAAGUGACUGCAGUCAGUAUGUGUGGGUGGCUGAGCCCUGGAGUGCCUGGAAAGUCAGCAGCGUCGACCUGAAGGAGAACUGUGGAGUUGGGGUCCAGACCAGGAAAGUCAGAUGUAUGCUUAACACAGUCGACGGCCCAACAGACGCAGUGGAGGACUAUCUGUGUGACCCAGAGGACAUGCCUUUAGGAGCGAGGGAGAGCCGAUUGCCCUGCCCUGAAGACUGUGUGCUGUCUGAUUGGAGCCCGUGGACUCCCUGCACCCUGCCGUGCACUGGAAGAGGCGAUCGAGAGAGGACAGCCUACGCCAUACGCCUGCCCGCGGGAGGAAAAGACUGUCCAAACAGCAUGCAGACAGAACCAUGCCUUUUAAACAGGAACUGCUUCCAUUACAGCUACAACAUCACAGACUGGAGCACAUGCCAGUUAAGUGCCAAUGCUGUGUGCGGUUAUGGUUUUAAGACCAGGAUGCUGGACUGUGUGCGGAGUGAUGGCAAGUCUGUUGAUCUCAAGUUCUGUGAGGAGUUGCGCCUGGAGAAGAAAUGGCAGAUGAACUCGUCCUGUAUGGUGGAGUGCCCAGUCAACUGUCAGCUCUCUGACUGGUCAUCGUGGUCAGAGUGCUCUCAAACGUGUGGCUUGGAAGGGAAAAUGUGGCGGAGGCGCACAGUGGUCCAGGCUCCUCAGGGGGAUGGCAGACCCUGCUCUCCACAGAUGGAGCAGUGGAAACCAUGCCCUGUCCGGCCAUGCUACAGAUGGCAGUACAGCCCCUGGUCAGAGUGUCGUGUUGAGGAGGUGGUGUGCGGUGAGGGCCUGCGUUUCCGGAACCUGACUUGCUUUGUGUCGGACGGCUCCAGAGAGGGCGAGAGCAGCCUAGUGGAAGAGGAGCUCUGCAGUGGCCUGGAGCAGGCUGUGGACGGAGACAAGGACAUUGUUCUGGAAGAGACCUGCACUCUACCUUGUCCAGGCGACUGUUAUCUGAUGGAGUGGUCGGACUGGAGCCCGUGUCAGAGCGUGUGUGUGAAAGCCGAGCGCCUGGACUUCGGCCCCGUGCAAGUCCGGUCUCGGGCGGUCGUUGCUCAAGAGCCAGAGAAUCUUGCCCAGUGUCCCGAACAGGAGUGGCAGACCCGAGCUUGCACCGAUGGGGACUGUUUCGAAUACAUGUGGAUGAGCAACUUCCAAUCGGGAUCGUCUCGCGUGGUUUGGUGUGAACGUUCUGAUGGAACGAAUGUCACAGGUGGAUGCCCACCCACCAGCCCCCCAGGGUUAGGAGGAUCAUGUGACCAACUCUGUGACAAACCAAAGUCGUUCUGUUCUGAGGACGGCCUGUGUAUGUGUGAGGAGGGAUACACACAAAUACUCUCAGCAGAGGGACUACUGGAGCAGUGUGCAGAGAUCCCUGUGCUAGAGAUCCCCACUGCUGGGGACAAGAAAGCUGAUGUAAAGACCAGUCGAGCCAUUGACCCCACCCUGUCGACCACCGCCCAACCAGGCUGGACCGGACGAGCCUGGUACCUUCAGCCCUUUGGACCUGAUGGCAAACUGAAGACGUGGGUGUAUGGUGUUGCUGCAGGAGUUUUAGUGCUCCUCAUUUUCAUAGUGUCAAUUAUCUACUUGGCAUGUAAAAAGCCAAAGAAACCCCAGAGAAGACAGAACAAUAACAGACUGAAACCUCUAACCCUGGCCUAUGAUGGGGAUGCUGACAUGUAG